GUCUCCCUGGCGGCGAGCCGUCCUCUAUAUCUCUGAGAUAAAAAGUCCACGUCAGUACCCGUCUGCUGAGCUGCGUGUGUAGAUGUGUUCUCGAUCACUCGUCCUGAUUGUUACGGUUUGAGCGUGGGCAGAGCUUGCCAGUGAGCCAGCUGCCCAGAAGGUGUCAUGUACUACGCGAAGUGGCCAGCAAGAGGAAGAAGAAGAAGAAGAAGAAGGCGAGGACGAGGAAGAAAGAUCCCAGCUGUGACUGCAUACAUAGAUAUCUGGAUGCUCUCGGGCCAAUGGGCAGCCUACGAUAUAUGUACGUUCUGUGUAAGGUCGGGUAGCGGUGUUGACAAGACAAGAUUGUAUCCCCCCUCUCCCCAUCUUACUCGGCGCUUCUAUGGAAUGGAAUUCCGAAGAGGCUUUCCCAUCGACGCAGGAACGGAAGGCCUCGUCGCAAAGGGAGCAUUGCGCUGUCUGGUAGAUCGGAGAGUCCCUCGUUGGCUACAGCGAAGAAGGAAAGCCAGGUCGGGGUUUGUUUUUCUUUCUUGGCCACCGUUGAUCCAGCUAGCAACCCUGAUGGUCGGCAUAUCCCUCAGCAUAUCCUUUUUUUGCCCUUGGAAUGCCGCCGUUACCUCACCGCGGCAUCGUGGCAUAUGAUGGAUGGCCCAGUUACGAACGGGGAGCUGUUUACUCGGUGUAGCCUCAAGUCGCCUCAUCAUGAUAUGGUGGCAUGUGAUAGGUGGUUCAGUUGCAGAUGAGCAGCUGGUUAGUCGAUGUAGUUCCCGAUUCGACCACCCCUCCUUGGAGAGGUAUUACCUAGGCAGACCCUAGCCGGCUGUGACGCCGUCGAAGCCUGCGUGUCCUUAGGACGGGAGAU